UACAUGGGUUUGGUAUAUUUUUUAAUAGUUUCGGCACUUUGUCGGUCGGCCGCAAUGAAACCUGAUGAAGAGAAGGCCAUCCUAAAUAAACACAAUAUGUAUAGAGAAUUGCACGGCUGCCCCCCGCUGACCUUAGUUGAAUCUUACUCGAAGGAUUGCAUGGAAUACGCAAAAGAGUUAGCAGCUAUAGAAACGUUGAAGAAAUCGAGUGAUGCAGACAUAAAAUACGGUGAAAAUUUGUGCCUGCGGUCACAAGAACCUACAUUGUGUGUUCGAGAUUGGUACGAUCAAUGCGAAAACUACGACUAUGAUGAUCCCAACUUAAGCGAGUUAACUUCCCAUUUUACCGCUCUUAUUUGGAAGAAUGCUAGGGAACUAGGAUUUGGGCAUGCUAGAGGUAAAAAUGGACGCUACUGGGUGGUAGCAAGAUAUUAUCCACCAGUGAAUAUUAAAGGAGAGUUCAAAGAAAAUGUUCCAAAGCGAAUCAAGCAGGAAAAUCAUGGGGGUAAUGGCAGUUUUGAAUUUCAACAAGGAAAUAAAGACGCCUCUCAUAGGACUGGAAUUAAUACCGUUCUCAUCUUUCUUACCUUGUGCCUGACCUUCACUACAUAAGAUCAAUAUUACUAAGCAUUCUUUGUAAAUUUCUAGUUGACAAAUUCAAAAAAAUUAAUUGAAUUUUA